AUGGCAACGACAACUCCAACAACAAUAAUAUCAAUAUCAACACCUAUUUCCACACUAACGCAUGAACCUUCUCAAGUGGAACAAGCACAUUAUCUCACACACGUGCAAAGAGAUUUGUCAUUUUUACAACAACAACAAAAACUGAAGCAGCCCCAGCAACAACAACAGCUGCAACAACAACAACAGAAACCACAAAUAAACAAACCCAAGGCCUGCCUUUUGCAAGAAGUAUCGAAACCUGCUUUCAUCAAACAAUCCGGCUUCCAUCGCUAUCUUUCUCUCACACUGUCCGAUCCCAACAAAGUCAAACCGAAACCGAAAGUCGUUUCUGGCUUGCAGGUGAACGAAAUUCGAACAUUGGAAUGUAUGAGAGGUACUAGGUGUAAGAAGGAAGCAUGA